AUGAAGCAGGGCGAAUCCCUUCCUCUCCACCACAGGAUCUUGCUGCAAAGACACCGCCAUCUACGCAACAUCAUUACAAUAUACCACGAACCCCCAAACAGCGAAGAACCAUAUGUCUCCUCCUUGACGAACCUAACCGAUGUGGUCGCCAAAAUCCAUCGGCGCAGCAACCAGCAAAACAACUUCCACCGCUUCCAACAUCUCCCCGUCGAGCUCCAGAUUGAGGUCUGGAAAUGGACGCUGGUAGAGCCACAGGUCUAUUACUUCUCAAGGGCGCACCGUCAAAGGGAUCGGAUAUUGGGUCCACAGCCACGCUCUGCGCUACUUGUCUGCGCAUUGUCAAGACAGAUUGCGAAAGAAACCCUCUGUCGGAUGCCGCAAACUAUGCGCACAAGGGACACGCGUAAAGACCAGGGCUGGAUCUACGUUAGCCCUGCUACCGACUUGUUUUACAAUGACUUAUUCAACAGGCAGAGCCCAAACUGCCCAGAGUCCUGGAAGAAAAUGGCCAGCGGCACGGCUGUGAUGAAAAAAACAUACGAGCAUACAGUCGCCUGGUAUCCGAUUAAAUUGACCAAGCUGGAAAAGAAUUGGUUCGUGAAGGAGUACUAA